AUGGACGCGCUGCCCAUCUACCAUGGGGGCAUCACCCGUGAGGCUGGUGAGAAGCUCCUGCUGGCGGCGGGGGCUGAUGGCAGCUACCUGCUGAGGGACAGCGAGAGCAUCCCGGGAGUCUACUGCCUCUGCGUGCUGCAUCAGGGUUACAUUUAUACCUACAGAGUGUCCAAGACAGAAACAGGAUCCUGGAGUGCUGAGACAGCACCCGGGGUCCACCGGAGGCUCUUUCGGAAAGUGGACAACCUCAUUUCAGCCUUCCAGAAACCUGAUCAAGGCAUCAUAACACCCCUGCGGCACCCGAUCAUCAACCAUGCGAAAGCCAAAUACCCACCAGGGAGAAAUGAAGGCCAUGACUUCCACCUGCAGCCCUCAUGA